GGGGUACCAGAUAGUACCUGCUAGGCUGGGCUAGGUUGUAUGGUAGCGCUGGAGAGGCCGCUUUCGCCGGGUCCCCGCUAUUUUGCCAUUUCGCAAUUUGCUGCCAACCCAAAAUUCCCAACGCUGAAAUUCCCUCCAAACUUUCAACCACCAAUGACUCCGUGAUUCUGAUAGCGUAACAUGUCCACAAUCCGUAAUAACGCAAUACCGCUAUUUCGCGCUUUGCAUUUCGGAUUGAUGAACGAUUUUCUCUUCGGCUAUUCUCCUAUAUCCCCACGCGCCUAACACUAAUGUCCAAAUUCAAGAGCUGGGAGAAUGGAUAUAGAAGACAUGAGCGUCCAGAUGGUGGCCGCCGAUACAGCAGCUGAGGUCGCAGCAGAUGUUGCUGCGGCCGACCCUACGAACCGGCCUCCCAAAAAAUCCAGCCAAACCUGCAUUCCUUGUAGGGUGCGAAAAGUACGAUGUGAUGGUCGUCGAGAUAUGUGUCAGAAUUGCGAACGAUUAGGAUUCACCUGUUCAUUUCAGGAUGCCGCCUCACCUAACCAGGACGCCGAAAGCUUAUCAAACUUCACUCUUCCGCGAAGACGUGUGAGAUUAGCAUGUGCCAAUUGUCACUCCAGGAAAGCAAGAUGCAGCGGUGAGACACCAAAAUGCGCAAGAUGCCAGGCUCAAAAUAUUGAGUGCGUUUACAAACCGACGAAGCGAUCCGGAGGUGUCAGCAGUGCUGUUCAGCAAACCCACCAAGGCGCUACUGAUUCUGAAAUUGAAUCCGUCUCAUCUGAACCACCAGAAAAGCGAAUUAUGACGAGCAAAGAUAAUCAAGGAUCGCAUCAUAUUUCUCAAGGACACGAUCAGCAUAAUUACGAUCCAAAUGGAGUUUCGGCAUCUACAGCAUCUAAUCUUGAACCAUUUACCUUCCCAGAUGAGGCUCUAAUACAACGGACUUUUAACAAUUUCUUUCGCCAUAUUCAUCAUGUUCCUAUAUUUUCAUUUCUUCACCGCGCUUCGCUCAUGCAACGCUAUCAUGCUGGUAUGAUGGACAAGGCGUUACUACUUGCCUUAGUGGGCGUCACUACGCUACUUAUGGAUCUGGGCCCUGGCACACGCGAAUAUGGCACCAGAUGCAUCGAUGAAUGCCAGACUAUGGUACUUCAAGAUCUCGAGAACCCAUCUACCAUUAAAACUCAAACCCUCAUUCUUAUUAUGAAGCACCGUAUGCUGUCGAGGAAAUUUACCACCGCCUUUAUGUUAGCGGCUACGGCUACACGCUUUGCCUAUGCUCUCCGUCUAAAUUACGAGAACCCAAACCUAUGCUUUCUAGCUCGCGAAUCACGGAGGAGAUUGAUGUGGGCGCUAAUGACUAUUGAUUCGGCCAUUAACGGCGGAUGCUCGGAUUUUAUAUUGAUGCCGUCCGAGUCUAUGCACAUUCAACUCCCUUGCACCGAACGUAACUUUGAAUUCGAUCUUCCACAGGUAACCGAAUAUCUCCGACCUGUUCCCACGCGGCCUUUUCCGGACGAUGUUGGUUCUUUGGCGCUUCACGUACGACUUUUAUGGAUGAGGAGUAGAGUCCUGUAUUGCACUAAGAAUGUGAUGGGAAUGCCUGAAUCUGAACUUGCGCAACUCCCCGAGCUUGUCAAGGUUCUUUCAGAAGAACUAGCCGGCUUUAACGACCACCUCCCUUCCUCCUUCAAAUUCUCCGAGAGCAACCUCCAAUUGCGCGCCUAUUCACCAAGGCUUUGUGUCUAUAUCAUGAUACACGUAUGGUGGCGACAAUGCUAUUGUGAUCUUUACCGGAUGUUUUUGGUGGGGUUCAAAGAAGCAUUGUCGCAGUCGGGUCUAAGUCGGCUAGAUCCCCAGUUCGUCUCGUACUGUGCGCGCCAAUGUUAUGAACAUGCUCUAGCUAUGUCAGACAUCUUCAAGUUGGUUCUAGCACUGGAUGGAGGUCUACCCAUUACGGAUCUCGAUCUACCUGGUUGCGCCUAUCAGUGUGCUCGAAUCGUCUACUUUGCUUACCAGACAAACCAAGCAGAAAUUGGCUUGACCUCGAAUCAGGUACAAGAGCUUGGGACGAGGUGCCUGACCAUCGCAAAAUCGAUGGAUCACAUCCCUGCUGGUGCUGCCAUUGUUGCUGAUCUCGAGAAAUUAAUUGCCCACGGCCUUUCGCCAAAUGCUCCGUCGACUCGUGCAGAAAGUCCACAAACUGGUGGGGCGAAACUUGUGCCCCAACACGUCCCGGCGCGCCAAAACAUGAUGCAACACAUGCCGGUUGUCGAUGAAAACGGUUUCGCUAGUAUGCCUAUCAUGUCUCCCUCAACCCAUAUGUCCUCGCCGCAGGGUAGCUCGAUGUCCACGCCGAUUCCGCAUCCCACCAACCGUCCAGUGGUACAGCAUGACCGCGCCUCCUCACUUUCUGGAACGCCAAUCAACGAUUUCAACAUGACUAAACCGAACUUACCACCAGUAAUGCCGCCGGACGGAAUAGAUAAUAACAACGCAUUCGAAGGUGCAAUGGAUGGAUUUGAUUUCAACAUUGAAUCAUUCGGCAAUACCGGACUUGAAUCUACGACUUGGCUCUCAAACGACUGGUUGAACAACGAAUACUCGCAGACGACAGUGUGAUCACACUAAUCAAACUGUGAACCACCCUUGACUUGUAGGUUAGGUUUUACAGAUCUCGAGCUCGUCGAAUCAUCUCAUCAAACGAUUUACAUCGAAAAUCCAUACGGACAUUCUUCGACCACUCUUGGCAAUUUGGCAGUUGCUACCACACUUAAUUAGCCAGAAGGGUUAAUACGAUGUACAAGCCUCCAAUACACCGAAACUACCUUCGGAUCUCCCCCGAGGCGUCUGGCCAAGC